GAUUUUAAGAAUGUCACAAUCGAUGGCAAACACUCAUAGGAAGGAAGUAAUGACUGGCUAUACUGGUCAUGUUCCUCAAAAGCAGCUUAUUUUUGGUCUGACAAAUGGUGAAACUGGAAGACUCCUACUAAACAAAGACGGGACUAAGAGCUUCUAUAAGGGAGAACACCUCAAUCACAAAAGAAAAAGAUAUAACCAGUCUGAAAGCAAACCUAGGAACACCUGGAUAGGAGGUCCUACAGAUUGAACUGGUCAGAAAGUUCCUGGGUAUUGUGGACACAUUCCAGCACUCAAAGCAGAGAACUUGUUUGCAAAAUCGUUCGCAAGAGUCACGCAUAAGGCAGCCAGGCUUGGCAACAAGAAAAGGUCUGAAGAUCAUGACAAGCAAAGGUUCCACACUCAGAAUAAUUUGGAGUACAAUCCGUACAACUUCUCUAGAUUUAUGAAGGAGCCGGAGUUGUUGGAGAAUAAGGAUUAUAACGACUAUGCUAAAUUUAUUGAUUCAAGUAUAAAAGUUCUGCCAAAUAAUAAGCUAAAUCAUUCAGUCCAGUAUAAUGAAGAACUGAGAGUCAUGAACAAGAGCUCAAGACUGCCAUUUGGGAGCAAGGUAAUGGGGAAAUGUAAAGCAAUGUCUGAGAAGAACUCUGAAAUUCUGAAGAAAAGAGCUUGUCAUAAUAACUCUGUCCAGUAUUCAAGCUCAGGGCUGGCAACUGGUUAUGGCUCUUUAGGUAAUGCCAAUGAGAACUCCCCUCUCAGACCAAAAUUGAUUGAGUCAAAGGUGAUUGAUAACAAGAAGUUUAUGUCUCUAUCGAAGGGAUUUCAGAGAUUGUUUGCAAAAGACCAGAAGGAUUCUGAAAUCAAGAUUCCUAUAGCUGGCUAUGGAGGACACAGAGUUGGUUACAAGUCAAACAAUAUUUAUGGUAAACCUUUCAGGAAGUGUUCCAUUGAGAGUAAGAGAAUCCAAAGAAUCUUUAACUUCAAGCCAAAUUUUAAAUAAUUUUGCAUGCUUAAGAAGGAGUACAUUUUGCCAGAGCUUAAACUGGGUAUUUUUUACCUAAAUCUCUCCUUUUGCCGCCCCUCAUUCAUAAAAUCCUAAUUAUCUGCCAGCUUAUGUCUCGAGCUCAAUGCUUUGUCCCUCAACCUCUCUGUGGGCUAACCAGGUAUAUACAAAAUACGGCUAUAGAAUAAAUU